AGCGACAGCGGCAGCCAUGUCCCUCCUGACACCCGCCUUCACGCGGCAGCAGCUCUGUGUGGAUUUCGCAAUUCUCAAGCAUGCAUGUCCAAAAGGCAUCUACGUGGCACCACUUCCUGAAGAGCCUCUGACCUGGACGGGCGUACUCUUCGUCCGCAAAGGCCCGUAUGCCAACGCCAUCCUGCGAUUCCAAAUCGCCUUCGCCGACGACUAUCCCCGAAGGCCGCCCGUGGUCACAUUCCAAAGCGACGUCUUCCACCCGCUCGUGACACCGCUCACGACGUACACGUACUCGACCCGAGAUGCCGGCGCCGACACCCAAAGUGCUGCAGAUGAGCAACGCCUACCGCCGGGCGGCCUCAGUCUUCGUCACGGCUUUCCUGCGUGGUUCCAAGUUGCGAGCACGGUGAGGCAAGAGGCGAACCAGUCGGAGCAUGUUCCACAAAGUCAAGACCCUGCAGCCCAGCAGGCGCAGAGCUCGAAGCCUCGCCGGCCACCGCACGUGAUCCAGUUGCUGCAGUACCUUUGCGUUGCCUUCGACACUGAGGAGGUGCUCGAUUCGAUACCACUCGAUGCAGCGGCCAACGCGGGCGCAUGGCACGCGUGGCAGAGUUACCGCGCAAAGUCAUCGAGCAGCAGGGCAGCAUCGGUAGCACAGUCACCGAGUGAUGAGAAGGGACAAGGAGCGGAGCGCAGUCUAUCGCCGAAGCAACAGCCUGGUGGUGCCCGGAAACCCGGCGAGUGGAAUUGGCAGGGUGUGUGGGAAGACAGAGUCAGGAAGAGCAUACAGGCUAGUGCUUCUGAGCAUGUGCUGUAUGGU